AUGACUACUCCAAACCCAGCGCUUCGCCAUCAAGUCAUCCGGAUCUACAAGGACUUGCUUUACAUGGGCCGAGAGUACCCUCAGGGGUACGAUUACUUUCGUACACGUCUACACAAGGCCUUUGCAAGCCAGCGGCAUUUGACCGACGAGGCCAAGAUCAAGCAAGGUAUUGAGAGGGCAGAGUACGUGAAGAAAGGUUGGUCUUCUGAUAGUCUAUCCACUCGGGCACAUGUUCACUGCUAAUACAUGUACGGUUUAGAAAUUGAAGCUUUGUAAGUUCAAGCCAUGAAAAAGAAAAGAAAACAUUUUGAUUUGAAAAGCAAUUUUU